AUGCAGCCAGUCUGGGCGAGCAUCUCCAACGCAUUCCGCCGGAAACCCCCUCACUACGUGUCAAUGGGAUUAUUCUUCAUUUAUUCCAUCAUUUUUGGCACGGCGCAGAAUAUGAACACCAUCAUCACUGGCCGGGUCCUACAAGGUCUCGGUCUCGGUGGUGGAGGAGUUGACUUCUUGGCAGAGGUCAUCCUCGCGGAUAUGAAAACCCUAGAGGAACGUUCACAAUAUCUAGGCUUAAUGGCUAUACCUUCUGCUAUCGGUAAUAUCAUGGGUCCUACCGUCGGAGCUCUAUUGUUCACGUAUGCCUCCUGGAGGUGA